CUGUAGAGCCAAGAUGGCGGCGGUAGUAGAGAAUGUUGUCAAGCUGUUGGGUGAGCAGUGUUACAGGGAUGCACUGGAGCAGUGUCAUAACUAUAAUGCUCGUCUGUGUGCAGAGAGGAGUGUGAGGAUGCCCUUCCUCGACUCUCAGACAGGUGUCGCCCAGAGCAACUGUUACUUCUGGAUGGAGAAAAGGCACAGAGGACCAGGUGUGGCUCCAGGUCAGUUGUACACAUAUCCAGCACGACGUUGGAGAAAGAAGAGGAGAUCUCACCCUCCAGAGGACCCUCGCCUGGCCUUCCCUGCUCUAAAGUCCGAGCUGGAUCUGGUACUUAAAAAGGACGUUUUCUCCAGUGACGGCAGCAGCAGCUUAGAAGCCCUUCUGAAGGGAGAGCCAUUGGAUAAGAGAUCCGGAUUAGAGCUACGCUCAGGGGAAGAGGAGUCCAGCUCAACUGAGUUCUCCACUGGGGGACAGAACCCCACUGCCAGGGUUCGCAAGAGAAUUUUGGAACCAGAUGAUUUUCUUGAUGAUCUGGAUGAUGAAGAUUAUGAAGAAGAUACUCCGAAAAAAAGAAAAGGCAAGGGGAAGGGUCGUGGUGUUAACAGUGCCAGGAAGAAGUUGGAAGCAGCAGCAGCUGCGUUGGAGGAUCGGGACAAACCGUAUGCAUGUGACAACACUUUCAAACAAAAGCAUAUUUCAAAAUCUUCCGAAAGAGUCUGUGGAAAGCGCUAUAAAAACAGGCCUGGUCUCAGUUAUCAUUAUGCCCACUCUCACUUGGCUGAGGAGGAGGGGGAGGACAAAGAAGAGAUGGACGUUCGUGAACCGACCCCACCCCAACCGGACGAACCGAAGACUCCUAAAAGGGGCCCAGAUGGUCUGGCUUUGCCGAACAACUAUUGUGAUUUCUGUUUGGGAGAUUCUAACAUGAAUCAGAAAACUGGCCAAUCAGAAGAGCUUGUGUCCUGCUCAGACUGUGGUCGGUCAGGUCACCCCUCAUGUCUGCAGUUCACUCCUGUGAUGAUGGCUGCUGUAAAAACGUAUCGCUGGCAGUGCAUUGAAUGCAAGUGCUGUAACAUAUGUGGAACAUCAGAAAAUGAUGACCAGUUGUUGUUCUGCGAUGACUGUGACCGAGGUUAUCACAUGUACUGCCUCUCACCACCAAUGUCUGAACCUCCGGAAGGAAGUUGGAGUUGUCAUCUGUGUUUGGACCUUCUAAAAGAGAAAGCCUCCAUAUACCAGAGUCAGAAUGCACCCCCCUCAUGAUGAUCCUUUUGAAAAGACCCUUUCACUUUUAAACAUUCGUUCAGUCGAUCAAAUGAAAGGUGUUAAACAGAGGUUUAAGUGGAACGGAAAAGGGACGACCACCUUUACCCUCCCCAUAGUUACAAAUGAAAGGAGAGAUAAAGAGAGUUUUAAAUCUCCCAUCUUAGCAGGUUUGAUCUCAGUAUGACUGUUACACAGUUCCUAGUUUCAAACUACCCUUGCUCUUUGUUUUCAACUAUUAGUCCUUCCAAAGUGAAUGAACAUGGCAAUACAUCCAUUCUCUACUGGAUGGAAAUGCUUUUAACAGUACAUACUUGGUGUUGACCCUUCUUAGAGGAAGUCACAGUAUGAGAAUAUAUGACUCUGUUUUUGAGUUCCUGCUCAUAUUAGACCUGAAUGUUUCCACAAAUACUUAAAACAAAUCAUUAACGCAGCUUAUAUCAGCCAAAAUAAUCAUCGCUUACCCAAAAUAUGCAAAUGUACCCACACUGUUCUUUUCACAGAGAGGAAUAGUUGAAACCAAUCAGCAUGCCAAUGCUUGUUCAUAAUAAGCGAAAUAGAAAAAAGCAAAUGUGUUUUUGUAUAUUUAUAUAUUUGUAUAGCAUAUAAAGGUGUGUUGUAUUUAAGAUCUUAUAGAAACUAUAGAAAUGGUUCAUUAUAAUGGGAUUUCCUGAGGUUUAAUGAUAACCUCUCAUCUGCACAUGCCACUUAAAUACUGAAUCUAGCAGUCAACGAGUUGGUUCUAGUAAUGAAUGGUUUAAUCAUGCAAGAUAAAGUAGUGACUUGAAAUGUAUUUAUCUUCAUUUUUAGUUAUUUUGGGAUACCCUUAUAAUGCUCAGAAGAUAGGCCUUAUAGGUUCACAGGCCUGUAUAAACAGUAUGCCCUUAAACAUUAAUGACAGUUGAAAAAAAAACGAUCCGCCAACAGUACAGACUUUACUACACUGUAAACAAAAAGUUUAAACAACUUAAUAAUUCAAGUCAAUUCAACAUUUUGACUUGGAAUAAGUUGACAUAACUUAGAAAAACAAGUUUAUAUUGUUUAACUUAAUUUGUUAAGUUAAAGCAACACUAUGUAGUUUUUUUACCUUUAAAUAAUGUCUCUAAAAUUAUUUCAGUGAUAGAACAACUUUUAACUGGACAAUUUGUACUGUUGCUGCAACCUGAGCAGCCUCCUAGCUGCUACAAGCACACUCUGAAAGUGGCGGUGGAGGGUAGAGCACACAGCCCCGCCCCACCCCCUGCCUGCAGAAGAGUGUCUGAUACCAGGCACUGUUGUGCUUUUCAACCACAUGGGGGAGCUGUAAGUCAUUUUAACAUGGAAACUACAUAGUGUUGCUUUAAAGUAACAUAGAAAUAUAUUGAUAUGAUAUCAUUUUUUAAAGUGUAACGCUGGAUUUACACCAAAUGCGGUAGAGGCGGCAAAAAUGCACUAUUCGCACGUAGUUGGAUGCUUAAACAGUUUGAGUUUACUCGCUUUAUUUGCGCGUUAAAUUCUAGUCAUUCGAGACAUUCAUGUGGAAAUUCGCAUCAUGGCAGGGGCUUCUGCGACUCUGCUCGCUUUCUGUAAUCAUGUCACUACUAGAGUAAGCUCCUGAUUGGUUAAUGCAGCUUGAUUUUCCAAAAAAGGGUUUGAUUUUUAAAUUUGCCAAAGUUUCCCGCGGCAACACUCAAUUCGCUCAAUUUAUGAGGCUGUUUCUCAUCUACUGCAGCUUGAUAAACGCCUCAUUCGUGCUGCAAGACUUCCAGACCAGCGAAAAUGCGUCUUUAACUUGACUUAACAUUGAAAUUACUCACGCUUGACACCUCUACCGCGGCUGGUGUGAACGCAGCAUAAGAUUUGUAUUGUCGGAAAUCUCACAAAGUUCUAUGCCAUAAUUUUCAUGUUUACUGUAAUGACAUCAUAUUUGCAUAAAAUAAGCCAAGAAUACAUUUCACUGAUAUUUAUUAAUUUCUUUUAAACUAAAUUGAAUUGCCAAUUGCCAGUUUGUAAACGCCAGUGAACAGUUGUUCUGAAUUGAGCCAGAUUGUAUUGGAUUCAUUCAAAAUCUAAAAGCUCUGCAUGUUUAGCAGCUUAUGUAUUUUUGAUGUGGAGCGAUUUUUUUUAUUAACAAAGAAGUGUACUGUCAGAGUGCCCGUGGGAGCAUCACAUGCUCAAUAGGGUGGUAAAUACAAUACAGCAUGCUUUAAUUUAAAGGCUGCUUCUUUAAUCUAGUUUUGUGAGAUUUUUGUCAAAAGCAAAUGUGUGCCAUUUUAUUUAUUUGUGUUUUUUUUACUGAAUGUUCAUCACAAAUAGGACUUUUUCUUCAUUUCUGGAGAAAACAAAAAGGAGCUAUGAGAACAUGAGGUUUUUAGCACAUAAACAUAGCGCUAACAUGAGUAAAUUGUAGUAUUUCCUGAAUUUGGCAAAGCUUCGUUUGAAUAGCUUCCAAGAGGCAAAUAUAUGGCCGCCUUCAAAUGUUUCCCUUUGUUCCCAUCCUGUUGCAAACUAGCCCAAACAUCCUUUUGUUUAAGGAAUAAAUCCACUGGGGUUCAUCCAGUUGUCUUCCUCAGUCCUGUUCUUUGUAAAUGAAGACUGAAUUAAGAAAUUAAUUGACCCAAUGAUAAUUCUGUGUGCUCUGCAAGUCUUCGGCUCCUAUCAGCUGUAGACAUCCGUGUAGGCUUUUAUCAAAUACUGUCAGUACAUUAUUGCUUACAGAACUCAUAAACAUGUACGGUAUCUUAUCUUUUGUUUUAUUUUGCAUUCUCAGUUAAGUCACUGCAUGUUUAUCUUACAGUACGUCGUCAUUUAUACAUAGCAUUUUUGUUUACGCUCAUUCUGUUGAACUUUCACAGUACUGAAAUAGGAAAGGAUUAUCUAACAAUUUAUCUUGAUGGUAUCAGGCAACUAACUAUAAUUAAAAUAAUUAGUACAUGUAACACAUUUCCUGGAUUUUCCACAGAUGCGGUUUAUCUAGAGAGAGAAAGAACCAUUUCAUGAUUUUGCUUUAUUUUGUGUUAUUCAAAAUGAUUAUUUGUGGAUUAGGUUGUGGGAUUUUUUCAGAUGUA